UCUUUUGAAACAAAAUUCCAACAGUUAAACACGUAAGAAACCCACGUUCCUAUUUAUCACCCUAACUGUCCCCUAACUGCUAAAAAACCCUCCAUUAUCUUCUUCAUGAUCACUCUCCAAAUUCAACAAAAAUUCUCAUUUCCAUUCAAAUUUCAUCAGAAAAUAUGAAAUGGGGCAAGAAAAAACAAUCUUCUUCCGUUACUUCUCGACCCUUCUUGAUUUCUCAAGUUCUGCCCGUUUCUUGGCUCACAAAGUUCAAGCAAAUGAGCGUAAAUAGUAAUGCAAAAGUUGAGAAAAAUGCUGGGAAGUGGAAUUCUGUGAGUACAAAUCCUUCUUGCUACGCUAGUCAUGGCGGCGGUGGGGGUGAAUUCUACGGCGGAGAUGAUGGUGGUGGUGGUGGUGGUGGUUUUUGGAGGUUAUCUUUUGGAGAUGAUGGUUGUGAGUAUCCGGAUUCGAGCUGUCAAAGGUGUAGAUCAAAAGGUGGUGGAGUUAACGGAAAAGAAGAUGUUCAGAAGUUUAGUGAUAUGAUUUCUCAUGUAAGGAAAAUUCGAGGGUUGUCCGAAGAAUUUGAGAGUUUGCCUGAAUUGCAUGAAAUUAAAACUCCGAGGGUUAAAGUUGAAAGAGAGAAGAAAUUGAGAAAAGAAGAUCAAGAAGAGAAAGAAAAAAAGAUUCGAAGAAAACCUCGAAGCAUGGCUAGAGUCGUAGAAAGGGCGGAUUUCGAGUUGGCGGAACGAAGAGAAAUCGAAGAAUUUGAAGAGAAUUUGACGUACGAGUGGCGAAAAUUGAAAGAAAAGAAGAUUGAGGAGGUGAAGUCAAGAAAUGAAGAGCAGAGAAAAUCUGUGUAUAUAAGCAGAGAUAUGGAGAAGAAAAGAGUGAAGAAAACUAGCAAAGUAAGAGCAAAUUCUCCAAGAACAGCUGAAAUUUGCAAAGUAAAAGCUAUUGAAGAUAUGAAAAAAUCCAAACUGAAAAUGAAAAAGAAGGCGAAAGAGAAAACGAUUGAGGAUUUUCAGGGUUUAGAGAGCUUCGCGGUGGUGAAAUGUUCGUAUGAUCCUGAAAAGGACUUCAGAGAUUCGAUGAUCGAAAUGAUCGAGGAGCAGAAGAUUAUCCGGCCGGAAGAGCUUGAAGAACUAUUGGCAUGUUACUUGACUUUGAAUUCUGAUGAGUAUCAUGACCUUAUUAUCAGGGUUUUUCGUCAAGUUUGGUUUGAUCUGAAUCAAGCAUGUUUUGAUACAGAGUUACAUAAUUUACAGUUUUAAUUUUUAAGUAGGUCUAAUUAACCUUAUUUAUAAAUGGUAGGGAAAUUUGUACAUGUAAUUUCAAUAGAUCAAGUGAUAUAGUAAGUAUGUAGUAUACAAAUUGCUUUUGCAAAUUUUACUUGUUAAUUCUUCUGCAAA